GUCUGGGAAAGGAACUUUCCUGGAGGAUUCAUCUUUUCUUUUGCUCUCCGUCUCAUUUUCCCUGUCGUUCCCAAUAUUUGUGGCCGUCGCUUAAGCUUGCCGUCGUGUUUCCACUCGCCUGGGUCCUUUCCACGAAUGCUUGGCCGACGUCUUUUGCUUUUUGGCUUCUGAUGUCGCAGCCAUGGUCUUGUUUUAUCCUCUUUUAGAUCACGUUGAGCAGGGGUCGCAUCGGUCGCCUGAUGGCACGAGGUCACCUCUUCGCAUAUCCUUCUCACACUUUCUCUUCACUUCAUGGGUCCGCCUUCGUCACGACUCGCUAAGGGGACAUUUGAUACGGGAGGAGAACCGUCCCCGGAAGCAGUGCCUCUAUCGGCAGCGGUGCCGCCCGUUUCGCCUGGACCUUCAAACCUGCUUCAUCACCACCUCCGUCAUGCAUUGCUACCCGGCACUCUCCAUUACGACCUCUACUUUUGAACAAGAUCAGCGUAAGAGGCGUCUCUCCGAGAAAGGGACCACCGACACGAUCUACGAUCACCUCAGCAUUACCGCAUUGCGUCCGAGCACGAGGACGGCAGCCUGACCGAACAAGCAAACGUCUAGCGCGCGACGCCGUUGCAAGAAAAGGCGAUCGCGUCGGCGACCUCACUUUGGUGGUUGUCGGAUACGGAUGCGAUUUACAGGACUUUACCAUGUUUCCAGAAGUUUUUUUGCCAUUGUUCGCCGUCUAGUUGUGCGCCGAGCC